CGUCCUGAUUCUUGACUUGCGUCAAAUGCGCGGCUGCAAAGAUGGAACACCUCGACAUGGCCAUGGAGCUGGAUUCCGGCCGACAGAUCGAUCCCGACCUGGCUGCGACUCUGUCCGACUUCCUGACCUACACCGAACACCUCCCUUCGAGUGUCGCUAGGUCGCUGUUCUUGAUCAAGACUCUGAACCAUCAAGCCUACAAGCUUCAGCUCAAGAUCCACGACCUUCUCUCCGAAUAUGCCUGCCUCCCACAGACAACAACACAUACGCCCGAAUACUCGGCCGGAUUGCGUAAAGAUAUCAGCUAUGCGUACGAGUCGCUGGAGAAAUGCAAGCGCAUGUCGGCUGCAGAGGCCAUCCGCCUGGAAGAGACAGUCAUCAAGGACGGCGCAAGACUGGAGCUCGUGCAGAAGAAACUAAAGGCUUUACCCAUGCCACCAGAACGCGAUGCGACGCCCGAUGCCGCUCUCACCUCGCCUCAGCUCAGAAGGAACGCCCAAGCACAACAGCAGGCCGACAAGCGCACUGCUCAACACCGCACCGGAACCGCUCCGCGUGUCAGAGCCCAGAAGAUCAUGGUCCCUGGCGAGGUUCUGCCACCGCCGAACCCAGACUCUCCUCCACCAUCCGAUUUCUCUCCCUCUCCCUCUCCACCGCCUCGUUCUCCCAACCAAGACAAAUCGCGUAACAAACCUACCACUGGGAGACCACCAAAGACUCCGAAGCUUCCCAAGCCUGCUACAGAGCCCAAAGAGACUACACAGAAAACUCCUCGCGUCCGUGUGCCUGGUUCUUCUGGCACAAAUGCACACUCAGCCGUUGCUGGUAUAAGCACGUCGAAUGCCUUGAUGGCUCUGACCGCUCCUCCUCCAGACGUGGCGAAGGGCUCGAAGUGGCUACCAUGGAAGAGAUUGACCGAGUAUGAGAUGGCCACGCUGCGGAAGAGGAUGAAGAAGAACGCCAUCUGGCUACCAUCACCCGCCAUGAGGAAUCGCGAGCUGAAGAACCUCGGCAGAGGUGUGACUGCUAUGGAAGAGGCUAAGGCGGAAGCCGAGGCUUCAGGCAAAGAAUUCAUCGACGAAUUUGACCCUGCCACAUGGACAGACCCCACUUGCAUUCAUAUCACCGACGCUCAACAGGCCGAGACUGCCAAGAUGCUUGGACCAGAGCUGCCAGACGACAACGAGGAUGCCGCUCUCAUCAAUCGUGGUAUGCGGCUCAACGAAGCCAAGAAACUUAAACGUGAAAGACUCAAGGAAGAGGAGGCUGAAGCUCUCAAACUAGGAUUACAACCACCCACUGAGCAGAACAAAGAGAAGAAGACACCACAAAAGUCACAGACAGCACAACCAAAGCCAAAAUCAAGACCACAGGCACAACCACAAUCUGGUAAACCAGCUGAACCACCAGUCGAGCCACCAGUGGAACCACCUCAAGCUCAACUAGGUGUACCUGCUGAAGAACCAGAGCUUGUCCAAGCUCCUAUUGUCCAACAGUCAGCGCCAACUCCUGAGCCAAAGAGCAAGCCUGAGCCAAAGCCAAAGAAGCAGGCUAAGCCAAAGGCUGCCGCUGUACCCGAAUCCGUUCCGCUUGAGGAAACACCUGUUGUUGAAGCGCCAGCACAGCCUGACCCUGUCACCGAAACUCCUGUACAUCACCCAGUCAAGAACGUGGAGCCCGUGACAGCUGCUGAACCAGUCACAACAAGGAAGCGCAAACGCGACGCUACGACUCCUGCAGCUGCACUACCUUCAAAAGAGCCUGCUGUGGAAUCCCCCGACGUUCUCUCCCUCCCUCGCCCUGGUCCACAGCCCAAGAAGCUCAAAUUGAGCGCUGGUGCUCCGCCCCCUUCGGACAAGCCUACAAUCACCAUCUCCACUCGCGCCAUUGCUGCUGCCAAAGAUGUCUCUUCUCCAGCAAAUGUCAGCACACCCAUUGCCGAUGGUCCGCGUAUAUCUGCACGUCAACAGACACAGCGCAGCCAACGCAGCUCUGCUCAGCCUGAGCCUCCAGCUGGACCAAGCGAGGCGGCCGCCCAAACUCCUGCUGCAAACACGAGAGCUACGAGACCGACCACAAUCACCAUCAAGCGUUCUGCCACCAAAGCUGCAUCUGCCGAGCCAGCUGUCAAACGGCAAAGCUUACGUCGCGACUCAAACGCCUCACUGCCUGGUGCUGCAAAUAACAAACCACAAUCUCCUGUACAUAUACAACCGCCUGGUGCUGCGGACACUAAGGUUUCCAAACGGGCAACGCGCAAGAAGGUACCUCAGGGAGUUCUCCAAGCUGAAGAAAAUGGUACAAAGGUCAUAGUAGGCAAACCAAAGGGUGCUUCCAAGAAGAAGAAAGCCCAACAGCCAAAGGAGGCCAAGGGAGAGGCCGCUACCCCUGUCGUUGAAGAAGAGUACAUCGAUCCUGACGAGCCACGUUAUUGUAUCUGUGGAGAUGUCAGUCAUGGCACCAUGAUCGCCUGCGACAAUGAUACUUGCGAAAAGGAGUGGUUCCACCUUGAAUGCGUUGAGCUCACAGACCUGCCUGGACGACGAGCCAAGUGGUACUGUCCCGAUUGUCGCAAGAAGCUCAAGGUUGGACUGGAGACCAAUGGCAUCGUCCGUUAAGACCGAGGAUACGACUCGGAGAAGGGGAGUCUACCGCUGUAUGAUUAGGGCCUCGCUUUGGAGCGGUGUGUUUUUUACGAUUAUGAUUUUCCGAUACCCGAUAGCAGCUUUUGCUCUUUCUAAUACUAUUUACUAAUGCCGAAUAUUAUACCUCAUACUGCAU